AUGGUAGCUGACAUGGAAGAUAGGGUACACCGUUUCGUGACUGGACUUGGGCCUCACUUGAUUAAGGAUUGUAUGAUGGCUUCAUUACAGGGUGGCAUGGAUAUUGCUCGCAUCCAGGCAUAUGCACCGAAUUUGGAAGACCUCGAACACAAUAGCGAACUGAGAAAGACCCGAAUAGGGGCCGUCAUAAGUGGGCCAGAUCCACAGAGGCAGCGUUAUGAUCGACCCACUUAUUCUGGAUCGAGUCAAAGUUUGAGGACGCCAGUCCCUUUUUAUAAGGGAGAAUCUAGCCAGGCAAGGCCCCCACUGCCCCGUUGUGAUCAGUGCGGUAAGGGCCACUUUGGACGGUGCUGCCAGGGUAUGGGGGUGCGUUAUUCUUGUGGGCAGCCUGGUCAUGUUAUGGGAAACUGUCCAUCUCGUGGUAGAGGAGGCCCGGCUCAGCCAACAGGUUCGAUUGCAGGUUCCUCGUCUUCUGUUCGCCCUCCUGGGCAAGGUUCUAAUUCAGCCCAAGCAGGCAGAGGUAGGGGAAGAGGCCAAACAUCUAGAUCAGGCAGCAAUCCAAAUCGUAUUUAUGCACUUAUAGGGUAG